CACACACAACUCCUCCUUCUAAAAUCUCAAAAAUAUAAAUAUCUUCUUCUUCUCGAUUCUUGUGUUCCGUUUUUGCUUUGGCUCCUCGUUGAUUCAAUAGGUCACUCCUUUUCUCCUCCAAUCACCGGUUUACUCUUUUAACCGGACGGACUCUGCUGCAUAUCAUAAAAAUCUUUGAGGAUCAAGAAGAUAUAAGCAAAAUCUUUUUGAAUUUAUCUCUCUCUACACGAAAUCUAAAUCCAUGGAUCAAAAAGUUAGACAAUUUGAGGUUUGCACUCAAGACGGAAGCGUUGAUCGUCACGGCAAUCCAGCUAUCCGAGCUAAUACUGGCAAAUGGCUCACUGCUAUUCUCAUUCUAGUGAAUCAAGGGCUUGCGACGCUUGCCUUCUUCGGUGUCGGAGUCAAUUUGGUUCUGUUUCUGACGAGAGUGAUGGGACAAGACAAUGCGGAAGCUGCCAAUAAUGUUAGUAAAUGGACAGGAACUGUUUAUAUCUUCUCUCUUCUCGGUGCUUUCCUCAGUGACUCUUAUUGGGGACGUUACAAGACUUGUGCAAUCUUUCAAGCAAGUUUCGUUGCAGGAUUGGUGAUGUUAUCUUUAUCUACCGGUGCGUUGUUGCUUGAACCAAGUGGUUGUGGAGUUGAGGAUUCGCCGUGUAAGCCUCACUCUACGGUCAAGACGGUUAUAUUUUAUCUAUCGGUGUAUCUGAUCGCGUUAGGGUACGGUGGUUAUCAGCCCAACAUAGCUACGUUUGGAGCUGACCAGUUUGAUGCAGAGGAUUCAGUUGAAGGAUACGCCAAAGUUGCGUUUUUCAGUUACUUCUAUUUAGCUCUGAAUCUUGGUUCGCUCUUGUCGAAUACCGUCUUGGGUUAUUUUGAGGAUCAAGGGGAAUGGCCGCUAGGGUUUUGGGCGUCUGCAGGCUCUGCUUUUGCAGGUUUAGUACUUUUCUUGACUGGUACGCCAAAGUACAGACAUUUUACGCCUAGAGAGAGUCCUUGGUCUAGAUUCUGCCAAGUAUUGGUUGCUGCAACAAGAAAGGCUAAGAUUGGUGUAAACUAUGAGGACUUAAAUCUCUAUGAUUCUGAGACUCAACGAACUGGAGAUAAGAAGAUUCUUCAUACCAAAGGCUUCAGAUUCUUGGAUAGAGCUGCGAUCGUUACUCCUGAUGAUGAGGCUGAGAAGGUGGAGAGCGGAUCGAAAUAUGAUCCGUGGAGGCUCUGCUCAGUGACUCAAGUUGAAGAAGUGAAAUGUGUUUUAAGACUCUUACCAAUCUGGCUCUGCACCAUUCUCUACUCUGUGGUUUUCACUCAAAUGGCUUCACUGUUCGUUGUGCAAGGCGCUGCGAUGAAGACAAACAUCAAAAACUUCCGGAUCCCAGCUUCAAGCAUGUCUAGUUUCGACAUUCUCAGCGUGGCCUUCUUCAUUUUCGCUUACAGGCGGUUUCUAGAUCCGCUCUUUGCUAGACUUAACAAAACAGAACCUAACAAAGGUCUCACUGAGCUUCAGAGAAUGGGGAUUGGUCUCGUGAUUGCGAUAAUGGCGAUGAUUUCAGCGGGAAUCGUAGAGAUAUACAGACUGAAAAAUAAGGAACAGGGAAGUUCUUCAGGCUCGAGCUCUUUGAGCAUAUUCUGGCAAGUACCUCAGUACAUGUUGAUAGGUGCAUCAGAAGUGUUCAUGUACGUUGGUCAACUCGAGUUCUUCAACAGCCAAGCUCCAACUGGGCUAAAGAGCUUUGCAAGCGCGCUAUGUAUGGCUUCAAUAUCUCUAGGAAACUAUGUAAGCAGUUUGUUAGUUUCCAUUGUCAUGAAGAUCUCUACAACAGAUAAGUUUCCUGGCUGGAUUCCUGAAAAUCUCAACAAAGGACACUUGGAGAGAUUCUACUUCCUCUUAGCUGGUUUAACCGCAGCUGAUUUUGUGGUUUACCUGAUUUGUGCGAAAUGGUACAAGUAUAUCAAGUCUGAAGCAAGCUUCUCCGAGUCCAUGACUGAAGAUGAGGAAGUCUGAGUCAGAGCUAGAGAGUUUUUGUGUGUGUUAUAUGCUGUGAAGCUUUUUACAGUAAUGUUCAAAGCUGAGCUUGUUCUGUAACAUAAACUGGUCUUGUUGUGCUUUUUUGGCUACUAUUGUGCAAAAUUUUGUUGAUUGUUUCGAAAAUAAAGACAAGUUGAUUCCACUCACAGUUACAGCAA